AACUUGUAGAAAGGGGGUUGGGGUCGUGGACUUGGUCUUAUAGCAAGUCAAUCAACGUACAGAGAGGGUUGCCUUGUUAAUCAGUAUAAAGAAGGCUUAGAUGAUCACCAAAAGUUGAGAAAUCAACUAAACCAAGUUUAUUAAAUAGAGUGAGUGUAAGGAGGGAGUGUGGGAAUAUUGUGUGCCAAGUGCCAAUCCUCAUAUGGCAACGCUGGCUUUGGUUAGAAUUUUACAAUUGAUACUUUUCAGCUGUUUGCUUGCAGCAGGAGCGUCGGUGGCUUCUCAAGCCUUGCCAGGUUGUAAAGAUGAGUGUGGAAACCUGCGCAUUCCAUAUCCUUUCGGCAUGACUCCAGGGUGUAACUUGAACGAGGACUUUCUAAUCACUUGCAACACGUCUGUCAGCCCCCCUCGACCACAAUUGAUGGAUGGUAACUUAGAAGUCACUAACAUAACACUUGAAGGUCAGGUGGAAAUCUUGAAUUAUGUAGCUAAGGAUUGUUACAACCGCAACGGAACACCUGCGGACCAGAAUUUGUCUCUGCUUUGGGCGGCCAUGUUUACCAUCUCAAAUUAUAGAAACAAGUUCAUUGCUGUUGGUUGCGACACAGUGGCGCAAAUUUGGGCUAAACGUGAGCAUGACAAUAGUACAUAUUUUACCGGCUGCAUGGCAUAUUGCGAGAAAGCGGACGCUCUCCACCUUAAUGGUUCUUGCUCAGGUGUAGGAUGUUGCCAAGUCUCCAUUCCUAGUGGACUUAAGAAUCUUAACAUGUCAGUAGGAAGCUACUACAACCAUACACGUGUGUGGGACUUCAAUCCUUGUAGCUACGCCUUUGUUGUAGACGAGAACAAGUUCAGUUUCAGCGACAAAAGUUUUGGUGAGUUAGCACAUAAAGAAUCUCUUCCCAUGGCGCUUGACUGGGCGAUUGGAAAUGAACCUUGCAAUGUAUCUGAGCAUAAACCUGAUUAUGCUUGUAAACAAAAUAGCAUCUGCUACAACCCUGAAAACAGGUCCGGUUAUCUCUGCAAGUGCAAGGAUGGAUACAAUGGAAACCCAUAUCAUCCCGAUGGUUGCGAAGAGAUUGAUGAGUGCAAAGAUUCGAGCCUACACAAUUGUAUUUCUGAAAGGAAUUGUUUUAAUACGCCUGGAAGUUAUAAAUGUUUUUGCACAAAAGGCUUUAAUGGGGAUGGCAAAAAAGAUCGAAAGGGCUGUAUGCGAAAUCAAGCAAAUGUCAUAAAAAUCUCUAUUGUUAUUGGCUUAUGUGUGCUGGUUGUUAUUGUGGGUUCUUCAUGGUUGUUCUUCAUAAACAAGAAAAGAAAGCUACUCAACAUGAAAAAGAAGUUCUUUAAGCAAAAUGGUGGCUUACUGUUACAGCAAGAGCUACAUGAACAACGAGUAUCAACUGAAACCGUUAAGAUUUUCACUGCAGAAGCGCUUAAGAAUGCAACCAAAAACUAUGAUGAGAGCCAAAUUAUUGGAAAGGGAGGGUUCGGCACUGUUUACAAAGGUAUCCUGAAGAAUGGCACUGAGGUAGCUAUCAAGAAAUCCAAAGUUGUUGAUCAAAGCCAAAUUAAGCAAUUCAUCAAUGAGGUUAUUAUUCUCACCCAAAUAAACCAUAGAAAUGUGGUCAAGCUUUUAGGUUGUUGCUUGGAGACUGAGGUCCCCUUGUUGGUUUAUGAAUUUGUUUCCAAUGGCACCUUAUCCGAGCACAUCCACUGUGAAGACAAAGCUUCUUCGAUUUCUUGGGGAAUUCGGUUAAGGAUAGCUACGGAAUCAGCGCAAGUGUUGUCAUAUUUGCACUCUGCAGCUUCUAUACCAAUCAUUCAUAGAGAUGUGAAGCCUACAAACAUCCUCCUGGACGACAAUUAUACUGCAAAGGUUUCGGACUUCGGAGCUUCACGAUUAGUUCCGAUGGAUCAAACUCAGUUAUCAACGAUGGUGCAAGGAACUCUUGGAUAUUUAGACCCUGAAUACUUGUGUACAGCGCAACUGACAGAAAAAAGCGAUGUCUACAGCUUUGGUGUAGUCCUAGUUGAGCUGCUAACGGGCAAAACUGUGCAUUCUUUUGAAGGGCCUGAAGAAGAAAGAAACUUAGCAAACCAUUUUGUUCUAUGGUUGAAAAAUGAUCGAUUGUUUGAGAUUCUAGAUGAUAAAGUGGCGAAAGGAGCGGUUGAGCAGAUUAAAGAAGUAGCUAAACUAGCAAAGAAGUGUUUAAACGUAAAAGGUGAAGAGAGGCCUUCAAUGAAGGAUGUUGCACAAGUGCUUGAGGAUGUAAGAAGACUCAGGUGCGAACAUCCAUGGGCUGAAGUUGCUGUUAAUUUGGAGGAAACAGAGUUUCUGCUUGGAGAAACAUAGAUGUUUCUACUAAUAACAGCAGCCAAGGUUUCACAACAAUGGCGGUGUAGUUGUUUAGCAAGAAACCAGAUAAUUAUAUAUAUAUGUAUACAUAUAUUUGUGAUCUUUGUUGAUUUUAAAUUUGUUUUGGGACAUUUUAGGUGUUUAUUUUUUGUUGCUUAUAUGUAAGAUUCAGUAGUAAAUAAAACAGCCCUCGAGGUGUUUCAUCUUCAGUAGUAAAAUUAGAGAGGUGCAACCACUCUCUAAAACCCACCUGGAAGGAAAUAUUGUGGAGGGCAUUGAUGAGGUUAAGGAGGUUGGCGGCGUUGGAGAAUGAUGCAGCCGACUUGGCGAGGGCUUCAAGGUACUUGGUGGCUACCAAGCUAGGGGUGUCCAGUGCUGAGACUCACCUGCACCUGAACCCAACUGAUUUGCAAAUCUAAGACACUGCUACUUUGGUUAUACUGAAAACAACUCCACGAGAUGUGCUGUUUCUUGGUGUGGUUAUUUGAUUUUCUCUUAGAUUGGGCUAUUUCAUGGCACUUGAAAUUGGUCGUCUUCUAAUUGCUAAAAUCCUAGGGUUCGUUUGAUAUAUUGGAACCAAUCUUUUCUGAAUAGUACUAUAAAUGAAAUUUAGUUUUUGUUAA